AUGGGUCACUUGAACAAGGACGCGCUGGCAAAUACGCAGAGUGUGACGACUACUAUUCCCACUAUAAGUUUCAAGACGAAGGCGCUAUGCAGUGUAUGCUUGAAAGACAAGCAAAAGGUGACGGAAUUCCCAUCUCAUUCACAAUCGAAGACGUCCCGUGUUCUGGAACAUGUGAACACAGACAAGAGCGAAGUGGCGAGAAGGUUUGAGUCUUUUAAGACCAUGUACGAGAAUCAAUGGGGAGAGCGCAUCAAGUGUCUACGCUCUGACAAUGGCACUGAGUUUGUGAACAAGGUCAUGGAUGAAAUUUGUCAGCGUAACGGUAUUGUGCGCCAGAAGACUGUGCCAUACAGCCCUCAGCAAUAUGGAGUGGCUGAGCGGAUGAACCGAACAAUAAUAAAGAAGGCACGGAGCAUGGUGCACUGCAAGGGUUUAUCUUCUUCCUGGUGGGAAGAGACAAUUAGCACGGCAGUGUACUUUAUCAACCGGACAACAAACAGCACACACACUGACGCGACUCCAUACGCGAUAGGAUUUAAGAUGAAGCCUCGACUGGAUCACUUGCGAGUGUUUAGAUCAAUGGGUUAUGCUCAUGUCGAAGACGCUAAACGUACCAAGAUCGAGUUAAAGAGCUUUAAGUGUAUGUUCCUUGGCUAUGGGGACAAUACGAAGGGCUAUCGCGUCUAUGAUCUGGAGCCGAAUAAAGUCAAGAUGUCAAGAUCAGUGAAAGUCGACGAACGCGAGGUGAAUUGGAUUUAUAGCACGUCGAUGACGGGGAGGACUGAAGUCAUCAACAUGAUCAAGGACAUCGACGAAGUGGCUCAGAGGCUGAAUCUGAGAACGAAGAUGAUCCUGACAAUGACAAUCCUUUCUAUUCGCCGUCACCCAAACGACCUCGUAUUGAUAAAGACAACCUGCUUGCAGAAGCUGUACUAG